AUGGCUGAUGAUAUUCCGGUGAAGGUUUUCGUACGGUCGAGACCAUUUAGCGACAAGGAAAAACUCGAAAGCGCUAGAGAAUGCUUACAGAUUUUUGUUGAGUCAAAUCAGAUAACAUGUAACGGAAAAACUUUUACAUUCGACGGUGUUUUGGACCCUUCGACUUCGCAAGAUUCCGUCUAUGAAGUCACCACCUCAUUUCUUCUUGAGCAGUUUUUCAAAGGAUUCAAUUGUACUGUGUUGGCUUAUGGUCAGACAGGGAGUGGUAAGACUUUCACUAUGGGCACGGAAGAGACUACAGCUAGCAUAAAAAGUGAGAGCAGAGGUAUCAUCCCCCGGCUUGUUGAAGCGAUAUUUCAUCAGAUCAAUGAAGGUGGUCUCGAUAUGUGCUUCAAGGUAGGUGUUUUAGCGGAAUGUUCUCUCCUUACUUUCACCGUGUUCGUGUCAAUGCUCGAGAUAUAUGAUGAAAAAGUACACGACCUUCUAUGUAGCGGUCGAGAACCUCUUCAAGUUCGCGAGCAUAGUGGAAGCGUCUUUGUGCAAGGGUUAUCAAAAAGCCAAGUAUGUAACUUGAAGGAAACCAUGACACAACUUGAGAAGGGAGGAUCUCUCAGGAGUAAGGGGCAGACAGCAAUGAAUGCUCAGAGCAGCAGAUCACAUGCUAUAUUUACAAUUUCGCUGGAGAAGACGGCUUCAGGAGAGGAAGAUAAUGGUUUCACGGCCAAACUACAUCUGGUGGAUCUCGCUGGUUCCGAGCGGCUCAAGAAAACUCAAGCUGAAGGAACGCGUAAAAUGGAAGGUAUACGGAUUAAUGAAGGCUUACUCGCGUUGGGAAAUGUCAUAUCUGCGCUGUCGGAAUCCGCUGGUAAUAGGCAUAUUCCAUACAGAGAUUCAAAAAUCACUCGCCUGCUACAGGAUUCCUUGGGAGGUAAUUCAUAUACGGUCAUGAUAGCGUGCGUCUCUCCUGCUGAUUCGAAUGCUGAGGAAACUCUGAGCACCUUGAGGUAUGCAGAUCGAGCCAAAAAGAUCAAAAACAAACCUGUUGUUAAUAUCGAUGCUGGUCAACAAAAGAUUAUCGAGCUCAAGGAGAAGGUUGCUACGCUCGAAAGGGAACUGGCUGAAGCACGCAUGGGAUUUGCUCCUUGUGGUGAAAUAAGUUCAUUCGAAAUCGAGCAGCUGAAAUCAUCUUUGGCUGAGAAGGAUGCUCUUCUGAAGUAUGCACAUGAAAAGGCUGCCGAAAGUAAGCUGUGCAAUCAGUUGCAGCAUCUUGAAGACGAUCGUGAGCGACUGAAAUCACUUGUAACACAAACGCUCGAAGUUCUCAGGUGGCUUUUUGUUUCAGUUUAUCCUAAUUUUUGA